CAAGAGGGUUACGGACAGGGUUCGAGCAAAAAUGAAAGCGGUGGUCUUGUUGUCAGUUAUUUUCCUAAUUCAGGCAGCCGCCGUGGUGACGUCGGCCGACAAAGAGUACGAUGAUGACGGGGAAGAAUACACGAGCCUUGAGGUUCCACAGUUGCCGGAGUCUUCAGAUUUCGACGACUUUCUUUCGUACGGAUUCUACCGGAAAAGUUGCCCCGGCGUCGACGGCAUCAUUCACCGGAAACUCAAGCAGUGGUACGAUAAGGAUAACACUAUUGCCGCCAGCAUCAUCAGACUCCAUUUCCACGACUGCGUUGUCAGGGGCUGCGACGCUUCGAUUCUUCUGGAUAACGAGGGAAGCGAGAGGAGGGCUCCGGCGAGCAAGACGCUGAGAGGGUUCGAAGUGAUCGACGACAUCAAAGCAGAGGUAGAGAAAAAAUGCCCCAAAACAGUUUCUUGCGCAGAUAUUCUGACCGCCGCCGCCCGAGAGGCCACCAUUCUCGUCGGCGGCCCAUAUUGGACGGUGCCUUAUGGUAGACGAGAUGGAGUGGAUUCCAUUGGCAGCGAAACUGGAUUGGUACCAAUGGGUCUUGAAGGCAUCACUGAUCUCAUCGAACGAUACCAAUCUCUGGGCUUGAAUCUCGUGGAUUUGGUCGUUCUUUCAGGCGCACACACCAUCGGCAGAGCGUCAUGCGGGUCGAUACAGAGCAGGCUUUACAACUACAGCGGAACGGGCAAACCAGACCCAUCAAUGAGCACAAGCUACGUCAAUUUCUUGAGAAGAAAAUGCCGAUGGGCAUCGGAUUACGUCGACCUUGACGCCACGACACCAAACAAAUUCGACAACGCCUACUACACGAAUCUACCGAAAAAGAUGGGUCUUUUGCCGAGCGAUUCAUCUCUGUAUACUGAUCGAAGAACUGCGCCCAUCGUCAAGGCUUUGGCGUAUCAGCCAUCCCUUUUCCGCCUCCAAUUUGCUGUGUCCAUGGCUAAGCUUGGAAAUGUUCAAGUUCUUACUGAUCUUUUUGAAGGGGAGAUUCGAACCAACUGCAGUUGUAGGAAUUAUUAA